CUGUCACCACUCGCCUCGCUCGUCCUGUCACGCUCUCCUCCGGCUCCUCCUCUCAUCCAGUCCUUUCCACUCUCCCUCUCUCAUUUCAUCCUUCCCACACUUCUUUUUUCUCAUUCUCCUCGUCUCUUCUCCUUUUUUUUCUCUUCUCGUCUCCUUGCCCGUUCUCUCCAUCUCGCUCUUCCCCCAUCCCCCUUCUACAUCAAUCUCGGUCCGCCCCCUCUAUCCUCUCUCCACACUCAUGGCCGCUCGCAAAGGCGGUUCCGCCGCCCCCCAGCAGCCACUCCUCGCCUCCCCCCUUCCCUCCGACGCGCCAUCGACCCUCGCGACCGACCCCCAUCCCACCGUCCGCGUCAACAAGUCUCACCUCGCUGAGAUCAAGUCUGCACUCGAUGACAUUGUCAAGGAGCACCUAGUACAGCAGGCAUUCACACCAUCACACCUGCACACGACCGUGCAUCUCGCGCUCGGUUACGCGUCGGUCAUCAUUGCACUUGGGUGCUCGCUCUACGCAUACAAGAUGGAGUUUGAAGAGAGCAAGCCAGUGCUUUGGGUCGCCGUUGUGGGCUAUUUUGGCUUCCAGGGAGCGCUCUGGGCGUGGAAGCGAUGGGUAGAGCGUGGUGAGGUGUUCCGCGGGCGCAGGAGGCGGAUUGUGAAGCGGAUUGAGACCGACCACAUCCAGGUCAUCACCUCGACGACGCUCCAGCACCCGCCUUCCCCGGUGCUCGCCGUGUCGCCGGACUCGCGGCCCGCUUCGCCGACGUCGCCCACUACACCGACACUCUCGCCUUCCUCGUCCGCUCCCGCACUCUCAUCACCGCCACUUACGCCGACUUCCGGUAUGAACCCACACCCUCGCGGCCCGACAUACCUCGUGCAUCUGACGUUGUCGACAACCUCGAACAGUGGUAAGAGCCUGUUGCACAAGGCACGCGUCGUCAGCGGCAAGCCGAUCGGUGAGGUCAUCGAUGAAGAUGGCGGUGUGGAGGCCGGCGAAGUGACGCGCUGGAUCUCAAACCUGCUCGUUGACGCCGGCAUGGUUGGCGUCGAGGAUGAGGGCUUCAAGGACGAGUAGCGCAGGACGCUUCGAUCGAUUCACACACGCUUGUAUCGUCGCCAUUCCUAGAUCCACUUGGACUUGGAUCCAUCGACCCUUUAUCGACGUCUCGUCACGAACACACAUCAUAAAAUUGGCCUGCGCUGCUGCACACCUAGAGACCUAAUGCUGCUACGCGCCGAGCAUACCCGGCUGGUGCCUUGUGUAUACCCCGCCUUUUCAUCCACGCGCAUGCACAUGUGAGCGACGAGGAACGGCGCCGCGCUGCCGGCGACGGAUUCACCUGUUACCUCCCAGUGACCCGUAUGAAGAGGCGGUGGAGUGUCAGUGGAGUGGAAAGUAGACGCAAGGUGUACGAGAUGACCGGACUGGCUGAUGGCUGAGAGAGAGUGCUUUGAGAGAUCGAG